CGGGCGGGGCGUUGCCGGGCGACGGCAGCAUGCUGCCCGUGGUACCCAGAGAGUGCGUCGCGGCGGGCGGGACCCGCUGCGCCUCGGCCCGGACUCGCACUGCGUCCGCGGGGGUCACGACCCGGCCGCCGCAGGGCCCCUAGGCGGCGUCUCCCGAGCCCCUGCGACAUGCGUGGCGCCCGGCGUGUGCUGCGGAAGCGACGACGGGCGGAUCGCUGCACGCGGGCGGACUGAGGAGACCGUAAGUGGCCGUCGGCCGAGCCUCGGUGCCCCGGCGGGAGCUCUUGACCCGCCUCGCAGACAGCAUCGGAGUCUCUCACGCCUGUCCCCCGAGCAGGGGUAGUCCGGGACCCGGCUCUGCUGGUCGGCACUGGGAGGAGGCGUGGCGGGGCCGCGGGAAGCGGUGUCCAAGCAAGAAAAAUUCCUGUUGCCUUUAAAACAAAAUGGAAAAAUAUGAAAACCUAGGUUUGGUUGGAGAAGGAAGCUACGGAAUGGUGAUGAAGUGUAGGGAUAAAGACAGCGGGAGGAUUGUGGCCAUCAAGAAGUUCUUAGAAAGUGAUGAUGACAAAAUGGUUAAAAAAAUUGCCAUGCGAGAGAUCAAGUUACUGAAGCAACUGAGGCAUGAGAAUUUGGUUAAUCUGUUGGAAGUGUGUAAGAAGAAAAAAAGAUGGUACCUGAUCUUUGAAUUUGUUGAUCACACAAUUCUGGAUGACUUGGAACUCUUUCCAAAUGGACUGGACUACCAAGUAGUGCAGAAGUAUUUGUUUCAGAUUAUUAAUGGAAUUGGCUUUUGUCACAGUCACAAUAUCAUACACAGGGACAUAAAGCCAGAGAACAUCUUGGUGUCCCAGGCUGGUGUGGUGAAGCUGUGUGACUUUGGGUUUGCGCGCACGCUGGCUGCACCCGGGGAGGUGUACACAGACUACGUGGCCACCAGGUGGUACAGGGCGCCAGAGCUUCUGGUUGGAGAUGUCAAGUACGGCAAGGCUGUCGAUGUCUGGGCUAUUGGUUGUCUGGUAACAGAGAUGCUCACGGGGGAGCCCCUGUUUCCGGGAGACUCUGACAUUGACCAGCUCUACCACAUUGUGACGUGUUUAGGUAAUUUAAUUCCAAGACAUCAAGAGCUGUUUUAUAAAAAUCCUGCAUUUACCGGAGUACGACUGCCUGAAAUUCAAGAAACAGAACCUCUUGAAAGACGCUAUCCUAAGCUCUCUGAAGUUGUGAUGGAUUUAGCGAAGAAAUGCUUGCACACUGACCCUGACAGAAGGCCACUGUGUGCUGAGCUCCUGAGCCACACUUUCUUCCAGGCGGACAAGUUUGCCGAGAGAUUUUCCCAGGAACUACAGUUAAAAAUACAGAAAGAGGCCAGGAAUAUUUCUUUGCCUAAAAAAUCCCAAAACAGAAAGAAGGAAAAGGAAAAAGAUGAAUGUUUAGGUGAAGAAAGGAAAACACUUGUGGUACAGGAUGCCAAUGCUGAUGCCAAGACUAAAGAUCCCAAAGUGUGUAAAACAAAAGGGUCCAAAGUUGAUGGAGAGAAAGCUGAAAAGGGUACGAGAACUGCCAAUGCCAGCUGUCUUCGGAACAGUGGGACCAGCCACAUGCAGGCAGCGCCCUCAGACUGCCUUGGGGACCGUGGCAGCCAGGCCACCAAGGUCCCAGGCACUGCCAUUCCUCCGCUGGCGCACACUCCAUCUGCAGCGGCCCCUGGUGGUCACCCCGGAGCCCAGAGUUACAGAGUGGAUGAGAAAACUAAGAAGUAUUGCAUUCCAUUUGUUAAGCCAAAUAAACACUGUCCGUCAGGAAUUUAUAAUAUCAGUGUGCCCGCACAGCAGGUCUCCAGUGAGAAGAACUUGCUUCAGGCAAGCAGGAAGCGAAGGGAGUACUCCAGGACAGAGGUGCGACUGCCUGAGCUGAGCUACAGCCACCUGCCCGAUCUGCGCGCCUUGGAAGGCAUGGCUCGAAAUUCUAGACUAAUAAGGAAAGAGAACAAAAUUCUUUCUGAAUCUCGAAUCCCUUCUCUGGCUGCUAUUGACCUUCAUGCCUCCAGCAUGGCACUGCACCAGGUGCUGGGCUCACCCCUGUCCGAAGACACCGAGGCCAACGCGCCCUGGGUGGAGCACCAGCACUGAGCCCACGCACGGCGCUACACCCAAGAUGACACCCUUUUGCGAUCCGAGUGCCUGAUGUGCUCGGAGGAGAGAGGCAUGGCUUUGUCUCCUCCUAACUGUCUGCUUCUUCUGAGAAAGGCUCCCAGAGGAAGGAAGACAAGGCCGCAGUGGCUGCACAGGAAGACUGAACGGUGCCGCCUGCCCUUCUCAGUCUGUUGCUACUGUUUCAAGAUGUGUCUAAUGGAGAAUAGUGAUAUGGGUCUUGUUACAUGAAUGUGUGUUUGCUGUUAAUAGAUUGUGUAUUUAAAGUUAGCUGAGAUUAAAAAUGAGUAAAAAAGAAAAAUAGAAAAGAUCAUAUUAUUGAUGCAUUGAACUGUGUGUGCUCUUGGUACAAAUGCUUGCUGUUAAAAAUGAAAAAGCUAGAGUCUGUAAGAGAAAAUGUUUACCUUACCCUAACCCUAAAAACACACUUAGAACUCAUAACUUGUUUCUGGGCCCUGAGGUGCUGUGUAACUGCUGUUUAUGGGAGGUGCGGGUCUGUGGUUGUGGCCCUCAGCGGAUCUUCUAGCACCCCACCAGUGGCAGCCUGUAGCAGAACCAUGACUUCACUGUCCUCUGAGGAGCGUCUGGACCAGGGUUCCCUCCCUCUAGAGCAGGGGUUGGAGAAGUUAGAGGUGUGCCCGGGAGCUGGUUCGGGCUGCUCGGUAGGGAAGGCCAUAGCAUACCAAAUGUGCUGGGAGGCAGGCUCCUGGAAGCAGGCAGCCACCCCACAGCUGCUGUGGAAGCACCGGUGUAGGAAGCUUCCAGAGGGACCUCUGCUGUCCUGGACUCCACUCUGUCCGUGGUAGUUUGAGUAUAACAAUAAAUCUCAGAAAAGUUCCAGUCUCCUCAUUGCCGCAGACAUGAAGGUCUGCCCUAAAGCAUCUCCCCAAAGUGCAGAGUCAUCCGCCCACAUUCCUUAUACCAUCUGCAGCUCCGCAGGGCUGGGUUGGAGCAGUCGGGCCUUGGGUUCCUGGUUUCUGGCUUCGUGGUAUGCAUUCAUCACGUUAGGAAUAAUUUUGACAGGGACCAGACUUUGCCGGGUUUUUUUAUUUAGCCAAAUAAUAUAGUGUGGUGUUCUUUCCAAAAGUCACCCAUUAGACGUUAUCCCAUGAAUUUAACUAGAGCUUCUAUUAUCCUGAAGGGCUUGAUACUGAAAUUCUAGCAUUAGAUACUUGGCCCUCAAAAGAACAGGACAUUCCAGAGGAGGCAAAAUAAAGGGUUGUGAUGUACAAGUCAUAGAAGGUGAUUUGAUUCGAUUGGUUUGGGUUUCAAAGCUGUGUUUUUAACCUCUGUCAAGGUGUGGCUGGUGUAUCACAGUGGGGAGGUUAGUGUGUUGGCCUUAGUAAGUGCCACAUUAAAAUACCAUUUUAUUUUCACUUUGGAAAGCGUGGCCGGCAUGCUGUAUGCUGUGGAAACAGCCCUGGGUAAAACCAGGCAGCACUUCUGCCUUACUUCAGUGGUGUUUUCUGUGAGAAUCGGGGUGAUAGUAGCACGGUGUGUGAGAGGCUGGGGUCAGUGGCCUUCUAAUUCCUGCCGGGCUUUUAGCAAGAUACCUUGUGCUCUUUAGGAUUAAGGGACUGCGAAUCGUCCUGUAAGUCCAUGUGGGUCCUUGAGAUCGUACCUGGUUGGACCCUAGGCUGAGUGAGUAGGGAAAGACUGUGUACACUGGAGCUGUAAACACGGCCAAAGUAAUCGCUGUUCUAAAACGGGUGUUGAUGCUUAUUUAGGCUCUUUAGAGGGGUGGGAUUUACUCACCUACUAACAUGGAACCUGCAUCUGUUCUAGUGGGCUUGCUGUGUGUCUGAAUGUUUGGAAACUAAUAAAUAUCUUAGCUCUAUAGGUGAGUUUAAUUUAGGUUUAUUAAGAGAUUAUAAGUAGCAUAUGUACCACUGUACGGUAUUAAUAAAAACCUUUGAAGUA